UGCACGCCCUUUCAUGCCCGAGGCCCGGGGCGGUGCUGGAGCUGGUGGACCGGUGCCCCCGGCAGGUGCAGAGAGGCGCGUUCCCGGUCAUCGUCAUGGAGGGCCUGGACGCCACAGGCAAAACCACCGUGACCCAGGCCGUGGCAGGCGCCCUCCAGGCCGCCCUGCUGAAGUCGCCGCCCGCCUGCAUCAGCCCGUGGCGGCAGGCCUUCGACGACGAGCCCGCCAUCAUCAGGAGAGCCUUCUACUCUCUGGGCAACUACAUUGUGGCUUCUGAGAUAGCCCAGGCGUCCGCCAGGUCCCCCGUGGUGGUGGACAGGUACUGGCACAGCACGGCCGCCUACGCCAUCGCCACCGAGGUGAGCGGGGCGGUCCAGCACCUGCCCCCGGCCCACCACCCCAUUUACCAGUGGCCGAAGGACCUGCUCCGGCCCGACCUGGUCGUGCUGCUCACGGUGAGCCCUGAGGAGAGAUUGAGGAGGAUCCGAGGCCGGGGCCUGGAGAAGACCAGCGAGGAGGAGGAGCUGGAGGCCAACAGCGUGUUCCGUCAGAAGGUGGAGGUCUCCUACGAGCGGAUGGAGAGCCCGGGCUGCCACGCGGUGGACGCCAGCCCCUCGAGGGAGAGCGUCCUCCAGGCGGUGCUCAGCCUCAUCCGCGAUCGUUGUCCUCAGCGGCCGUGACUCGGCGCCUCGUCACAUGUCCAAGCCUCUCCGCCAGGGCUGGGUACACGCUUUCCUGCUCGGUGUGUCGCGGAGAAUUGGGGACCAGACCUCUCCGUGUCCCCCUAAUUACUGUUUGUGCUUCUGACCGAUGGGCCCGUCGGGGUUGAGACGGGCCACGUUCCCGUGGGCGCCAAGAGAGAUUUCUGCCCGGCACCACGCGCUUGUUCUUCGAAUGGGCUUCACGCCGUCCCAGCAAAGGCCUCCACGGUUGUCUUGUCCUGAGGCACGAGGUCUACAGAGCCACGGGGAAGCCCUCCCCGCUCAGCGGCGUCCCAUCCCAGCCUCCGCCACGCCCACACCUGCUCCCUGGCAAGACCUUGACACGGUGGGCGUGGACGUCUUCCCAGCCCGGCCUCACCCCAUGGUCUUGACUGAGCCCCAGAUCCCAGAGCCAAGCCCUCCCACAGGACGUGCCUGCGUGUCCUGGCCCCCAGGAGCGUCUGGUGGGCGGGGGGCACGUGCACAGCCGGUGUCCCCCUGUGUCGGCAGCUCACAACCCCGAGACCCCGAAGCGCAGGCACGCCGGCCUUUCUGGAAUUAUUCCUGCUUGUUCCGAUCCCACCCUUUCCGCUGGGCACUGGCCGUGGGUGUGGGAGCGUCUCGCCCUGAGCCGGAUGCCCGCACGUGGCCAGGUAGCCAUGUGGUGGUAGCGCUGCGUCCCGCAGGGUCCCCGCGGCCCAGGGCCGGGCUGCACGACCAACAACGGGGCCCGGAAGCCACGGCCACGCGGGUUGUGUCUUUCAUUCCCCGGGUGUGGUUUCUCUCACGGCGUGAGCACAGCGGGCCCUGGCGGGGGUCUCCCAGUGAGUGGUCUUGCACUUGAAUGUCUGUGAUGGCCCAUGAAGUCCGCUGGGCGGUCUGUGUGAGAAAAGAGGACAUUUAACUGCUUAGUGGCGUUGGGUGAAUCAUUUAAUAUUAGUGGUAACUUGAUCAAAAUGUGAGAAUAAUGCUUUCUGUGUCUUACGGAGUGGGCGGAGCCCGGCGAUCACCUAAAUCUCUUCCAGUUCUCAGAUGGAUAGAUGAUUAUCUUCUUGAGACAUCCCCCCCCCACCAGAUAAUUACAUUUGAGGCCUUAUCAGGAUCAUGCUAUGGAAUCUUAAAUUAUAGUAACAUUUAGUAUUAACUAUAUCAUUCUAUUUUUCAAAAGAACCAUAGGUAAUUUAUACACACUAAAUCGAUGCAUAUAAAUGGAAAUACGAUUUCAGAUGAACAUAUUUUUAAAGCUGAUACAUGGUGUCGGGAUCCGUUAAGAUGUGAUGUCGAAUUAUGUUCUUGGGGUUCAUGACUUGGUCUGAACAGCUUGCGUGCUGCCCCGGAAAACAAGCCUUCCAUCUUCCGUGCCUCCCUUCCGCCCCUCGCGGCGAAUAAACUCGCUGUGGUGUCCAGCCUG